UGAAAUAACUAGUGAACGUUGUGCAACACUGCAAAUGUGUUGCUAUCGAAACGCCUAUCGAACUAUCAAAUUGUAUUUGUUUUGAUGCACUCUGUGCGAGUUGUUGGGAAAAUUUUGUUUAUAUUUUUUGUUUACAAUGUCCACGUGUUCUGAAUUUGACAAUCGUCUUAUAGAACUGGUGCGCUCCAAUCCUAGUUUAUAUGAACGCGAAGUGCGUAAAUCACCAUAUGAUUCCAGUAAGAAAAAGAAAACUGAAUUGUGGUGCAGCAUCGCAACAUCCUUAAAAACUGAUGUUAACACCUGCAUAGGACGAUGGAAUUUCCUUCGCGAAAAGUUUCGCAGAGAACUGCUGAAGGAUCACUCCGAUUGGGACUUUUUGCCAAAGCUACAGUUCAUUGCACAACACAAACACCACAGCAGCAGCAACAACGGCCAUCACAGUGGUGAACGACAAGUUGUUAAUAUAACGGCACCUCUAACUGCUAAUUGGCAUUCGCAAGGCACCGAGGAGCUCAUCGAAAACGAUGAAGAUGCGCUGCAGGAGGCAAUGGACGAACAGCAUGCAACCACAGUUAAUGUGCAACCACCGCUAGCACCACCACCACUACCGCCGGACACAUCGUUCAGUGACGGCGCCAUGAAACGCAUUGAGGCUCUGCUGCAGGGCUUGGGCGCCAAUCGUAGUAAGGCUGAGAAAAAGAUUUUGGCCUAUUUAUGCAAAUGCAAUCUCCGUGCUCUCAACGACGAGCAAAUCGAUGAUAUAUUUAUUUAAAUAAGUCUUGAGUAUAUAAGUCAAAUUGUAAGUAUUUUAUUUCACUUAGGUGUUGGGCGCAAAAAUCGAAGUCGCAAAGCAACUCCAACUAUGACGCAGUUAGUUGAAACGUUUCGUCUCACUGCUGGUCAAAGAGUGCGCGCGCAAGCAAUAACAUGUCCAAUAACCAUGUCUGGCUGGUUUAGGUGGGUGGGUUGGUGUUUGGGUGUGUGAGUAGACGACGCCAAACAAGCAUUUAGUUUAUUAAUUUCGAUGACACUGUCCUGCAUGGUUACACUUAAGGGCAACGCAGUGCACCAGGCCCACCCCAAUCCCUCACAACACCCGACUAACUGCCGCUCUAUCAGCUAAUAUGAACCACUAAUACUUCAUGCAUCAUGCCCGUCGUCGCCCACCUUUCUAAAGUUGAUGUGUGUGUAGUAGCUGUAGCGCAUUAACACCACAUUAUCGAUUGAUUUGGGCAAAGGCACGCACAAAAAUCGAUAAGCAUGCAAAGCCAAUGCAAAGUAAUGUAUAUAUAUAUAUAAAUAUAGUUCCAUUACUUAAAUACUGUUCAAUACUGUUAAUUACUGCAAAAUUAUACACUCUUUUAUUCAUUGCUAAUAAAGGAUUUCUGUUUAAAAAUACGCGCCUAAAUUUCAAUGUGUAUGUGUGCGUUCGGGUGAGUAUAUUUAAUAUGUGUAUAUGAUUCAUGUAUGAUUCACCUUAUUCUUUCCUUUUGUUCCGAUUACUUGUAACGGUCAAAACAAAUUUACAGUUAUUUUCUGAUUA